GUAACUGCGCGCCGGUGAGCUCUUUAAGCCAGAGAUCUUACAAACCACAACCCCCUGCCUUUACCACACACUCCGGACACGCUUCGAUCGCCCGGCGAGGCCGGGGACGAGCCCGACCCACCCCGGUCACCGCCCCCCUCACGGGCCCGGGCGGAGCCGCGGCCGCCCCGCCUCACCCGGGGCGGGACCGGAGCGGGCGGCGACGGGACACCAACAACCCGCCCAUCAGCCGGGCCCGUCCGGUGCUGUCGGCGGCGCCGCCGCGCGCGCUUGAUUCUGUGUUUCACGAGCACAGGUCACACUCCAAGUCGGUGCCUGAGGACUCUGCCUGUCUCUGUACCCGCUGCAGGAGCAGGCAGACCCGUUUGGCAAGUGUGACCCUGCCUGUCAGCUGUGUGUUGGACAUCCCUGGGGAGACAGCUGAGAAGACCUUGGGAAGAAAAGAACUGAAGCUGGGCGGGUCUGGGGCAGAAAAAUCAGUGAAGGAGGAACUUAGUCAUAAGAAUUACAACCACACCAAGGUAAUCAUCAGCUUCGUUAGGAGUGGCCUCAAACGAACUGGGAACCAGCAGCAGGAAAAGACUACUGCGGGGCAGGAGAAGUGGUGCAAUCCAGUGUCCACAGCUGCCGGGCUGUCCUGAGCCCACACGUGGUGGUUCCUGGAAUUCCCUUUCAGCCAGGAGGACACUGCACUCCUGCAGAGCAGUUGCUUGAGCCUUGACUGGUGCCCGUGUUCAAAGAAGGCAGAGGUUGGAGACCUCCUUGCUUGUAGCUGAACAUGCCAGGGGAUGUGAAGAGGUUCACACGAAUGCUCCUGGAAUGCAGCAGCAAUGACAAGCUGUGUGUUGUGCGUGAAUAUCAGCCUGAAGUGAUCGUUGUCCCGGUUCUCCUUGUGGGGUCUUUUGUCAUCGUGCUCACUGUGAUCCUUUGGCUCCACUGUCGAGGCUUGAGAGCAAAGCAGGAGCAACCCCCUCCACCAUCUGGAACCCAAGUGAAGAAAAAGAACCAGCAGGAAUCCUGCUCAACAGAGAAUGGCUGCAUGCAGCUGAGUGAGACAUCCGUGGAGAGCCUGCUAAAAUCUGCAUCCCUGACUCUGAAGGAACUGCAGAUACCACGAGAGAAACUCCUGCCAGGCACCUUCCAGCUGAUAAAACAGGGUGGCCGUGGGAGCAUCUACAGAGCACAGCUGGAAACCGGGAGCUCUGGGAAGACUAGGACUGUGGUGCUGAAAGCCUUACAAGGCCUGGGCAGUCCCCAGGAAGUAAAGGAUUUCCUGGGAAGGAUUAAAUUCCAUCAAGAUCUUGGCCGUCAUGAGAACCUGGUUGAGCUGGUUGGAUGUUGUGUAGACAAACUCCCACUUUAUAUGAUCAUGGAAGACAUGUCUCUUGGUGACCUGCUGACGUUUCUGUGGACGUGUCGGAAGGAUGUAAUGGCAAUGGAUGGGAUCCCCUAUGACUUCACUGAGAGGCAAGUUUAUGAAGUUGGACAGCAGGUUGCAGCAGCCCUGGCUUACCUUGAAGAGAAGCAGCUGUUCCAUGGUGAUAUUGCUGCCAGGAACAUCCUCCUCCAUCCCAACUUCUCUGCCAAGCUCUGUGGUUUGGGUCUGGCCUAUGAAACCCACUCUCGUGGUGCCACCUCGGUCACACGGGGUGUGCCAGUCAAGUGGCAGGCCCCAGAGAGGCUCCUGAGGAAGCCCCCCAGCAUCAAGGCAGACGUAUGGUCUUUUGGAAUUCUACUGUAUGAAAUGAUUACAUUAGGUGCUCCACCGUAUCCUGAGGUACCACCUCCUGACAUCUUAUCACACCUGCAGAGACAGAACAUCAUGAAGCAGCCCUCACUGUGCCAGCAAGCCAUGUACAGCAUCAUGAAGUCCUGCUGGCAGUGGGAUGCAGCUAACAGGCCUUCUCCAGCACAGCUCCUCUGGUCCCUGGAAACAGCUGUGAAGAGCAGCAAUGGCCACACAGUUCUGCAGGUGCCUGAGCCAGUGGUGCCUGAACUCUAUGCUGAUAUUGCAGGUGUUGAUGUGCACAGUGUAGUGAGGGAAUACACCAUCCUCUGAAGGGCCCUUCCACGUGCUGGUGAAGUCACUUGAGUUUUCCCUUCCUAAAUAUUUUGCAAGCUCAGCGUGAGGUGUGUGUGUGUUGGAAGGGAUCCCUUUGUUUUUCAGAUCUGUUUUUAUAUCUCAAAUCUCUCCUCCGGGCCAGACACAACAAGCUAUUAGCAUUGUUAUUAAAUCAACGUGUUGAUA